GCAGCAACGAGCGGCAGCCGCUUGGGUUGCCGGCUUCCCUUCCGCGGAUCCCGCCCGGGGUCCGUCCGCGCGUGGUUGGAGCGGCCGCCGUGGCCGGAGAGGCGGGGGGCGCCAUGGCCGAGCAGGACCUGCUGGACUUCCUCCUGCGGGAGGAGCUUUUCCUGGGGGACGAGCCGGGGCCGCAGCCAGAGCCGUGGGGCUUCCCGCAGUCGCAGGUCCCGGGCGGGCAGGAGGACGAACUGGAGGAGCUGCUGCGGUGCCUCUGGAGCCCCUUCUGGGAGGAGUCGGACAGCUCCGCCGAGCCCUCCGGCCAGAGCAGCCUCGCCGAGGACCGGAGCCCGUCUCCCGCCAGCAGCCUCCCUGGCUGGGGCCGCGUGGAGUCGGAGCACAACUACUCCCUGCCCCCGACUGCCCCCGCGCCGCACACGGAGCCCUCCUGGGAGGCGGCCGAGGGCGACGUGGCCAUCGAUCUGGAAAUGCAGGCAGACGUGGAGACCGCUGAGGGCCUCGGCCUUCCCACCGCAGCACUCUCAGCAGAGGCCCCGGUAGGAGGAGGCAUGCAGCUGGACUUCCCGCUGCUGGUCCUGACGGAGGAGGAGCAGCAGCUCCUGGAGAAGGAGGGCGUCUCGAUUCCUUCCCACUUGCCCCUAACCAAGGCAGAGGAGCGGGUCCUGAAGCGAGUCCGGAGGAAGAUCCGCAACAAGCAGUCAGCCCAGGACAGCCGGCGGCGGAAGAAGGUCUACAUGGACAACCUGGAGAGCAGGGUGCUGGCCUGCACGGCCCAGAACAGCGAGCUCCAGAAGAAGGUGCAGCUGCUGCAGAAGCAGAACACGUCCCUGCUUGAGCAGUUGAGGAAGCUGCAAGCGCUUGUCCAGCACUCGUCCACCAAGACGGCUGCGGCCAGUACCUGCGUCCUGGUGAUGGUCCUCUCCUUCUGCCUGGUCCUCCUGCCCAGCCUCUGUCCUCUGGGUGGCCAGAAGCAACCCCUGGGGCAGCAGCAUGGAGUGUUGUCCCGAAAGCUGCGUGAGUUCCCAAGCGGGGCUUCCCAGACAUUGGCUGGUGCCCCCCAGCCAGCAGAAGCGCCGACACCCCCCUCCCGUCCUGGGUCCCCCUGGCUGCUUUCACCAGAGGAAGCUCUGUCCCCCAAAGCUUUUGGGGCUGCAGGAAGCCUCAACGCGUCCCUGGAAGGUCCACCGAAUGCCCUGGAGACUGCGGGGGGGCCCUCGGCCAGCAACGGCAGCUCCUCCUCGGAUUCCCCUUCCCCUGCCUUGGAGGGGCUCCUCCUCGCCCCCAAGGACCCUCCGGGGAAGGAGAGGGCACUCCCACCCGCCUCUGUCGACCAGCCUGGCCGGACAGAGGGUGCCAGCAGCGUCAUCCUGCAGCCCCAUCGCUCCGAUGAAAUGUGAGGGCUUCCGGCUGCUUUGCCUGCAACAUGUAGAUGCCGAGAUCUGGAAGGGGAGACUGCUCGGAAGGGGAGGGGGGCUGCUCAGCGACAGAGGCCUUGCCCUGGCAGGGCUCCUCCGACGGGGGCUUCACGGGCCACCCCAGGCUCCGAAGAAGGGCCGCUGCGAGCCCCAGUAGGAGAUGCUCUCUGCCCCCCUCCUAGGCAUCUGCCCUGCCUCUCUGGGGGUCCCCCCACAGCUAGCAUGAAGCAAGGGCCGGGGUUGGCCCACCCCAGAGCGUGAGGCUGGGCUGGAGAGGACGGACGCUGAAAGGUUUGCUCUGGUCCUGCUUCGUGUUGUGUUCCUGUACAGGGCAACCAAUAAAUGGCUCUCCACUCCCUCUGAAGUGGCCUGGGUCCUGCC